CGCUUACCUGCUGAAUCCUGUAAGCAGGCAGAUUAGCUUACCCACCCUAAUUUACAGGCGGUUCAGCCUCCUGUUGGUCCUGCUUGUACUCAGUACUGGCACUGUGAUCGUCGUCCGCCUCUACUAGUGGCAUCUGCUAGUAAUGCGUGCCCGGUGAUGGGGACAUUGAGAAUUAUUCAUCUUGCUUAAUCAUAACGCAUCUCAGGAUGUUCUCACCUCUGCGCUCGCGGAUUGUAAGUGCCGCCCGGUUGGGCACCUGUCGUAAUGUGCGACUGGUUUCUACCACAACGUACCCUCAACCUGUCUCUCCAUUAGCCUUUGAUCUUCAUGCGCCUGCGAGCCCCAAGGCCGAUGAGAAAACAGCGCCGAUAAUCUUCAUGCAUGGCCUCUUCGGAUCUAAGAAGAACAACAGAGCAAUCAGCAAAGCCCUGGCCCGGGAUCUGAAAACCCACGUAUAUACUGUGGAUCUUAGGAAUCAUGGAGAAUCUCCCCACGAUCCCCGUCACGACUAUCUUGCCAUGACUGAAGAUGUAUUGGCCUUCAUUGACCAGCAUGGUCUCAAAGAGCCUACUUUGAUAGGUCAUUCCAUGGGAGCCAAGACGGCCAUGUCUGUUGCCCUCCGUUCACCAGAAACGGUUUCAAGGGUUGUCGCAGUUGACAAUGCCCCUACCGACGCCACGCUCAGUAGAACCUUUGCUUCCUAUGUUCGAGGGAUGAAGAAGAUCCAGGAAGCUAAAGUCACCCGCCAAUCUGAAGCAGAUGCUAUUCUCCAAGGGUACGAAGAGUCGCUGCCGAUUCGCCAAUUUCUGUUAGGAAACUUGUAUCGUUCACAAGAAGAUGGGAUUCAAAAGUUUCGCGUUCCUCUGGAUAUCCUAGGUCGAUCACUCGACCAUCUGGGAGACUUUCCUUAUAAGAAUCCAGGCGAGGCACGGUACACAAAGCCAUCCCUUUUCGUUCGAGGCACUCAGAGCAAAUAUGUGCCAGACGACGUGCUGCCCAUCAUUGGUCAAUUUUUCCCACGCUUUCGAUUGGCCGACGUUGACGCCGGUCACUGGCUAAUAUCGGAACAACCUGAGGCUUUUAGACAAGCUGUGGUGAGCUUUCUGCAAGAGCCAUGAAACGCAAUGGAAACGGAGCCUGGAUGAUAAUCUCCAAUAGAGAACUAUAGAGGAAGACUUAGACGUUAUAGAACAUUUUACAGCAAUAUUUUGACAGCUUAACCAUGUUAACAACCGUUGCCUUUGUUUCUAGCCUUUGUCAAAUGAGCACAUUACCAU